GAGAAAGAGAGAGAGAGGAAAAAAAAAAAAAAACAAAACAAGAAAUAGAGGAGCUGUAAUCACAUGGGCUGCUUGUCUCUCCCUGGGUCCUCCUCCAUCUCCCAUCUCCAUCUUCAUCUUCUUCUCAUUCGCUUCAUACUUUCUCUUUCUUUCUCUCUCUCCAUUGCCAUGAUCACCAACCGCUUCUCCUUCAUCCUCCUCCGUUGAAUUCAAACCCCCUCCUCUCUCUCUCUCUCUCUCUCCCUCUUUCUAUUUCUUAUCUUAAUCUCAUUUUCUCUCCAUGGCUGACGACAAGGAAAUGUCUGCCCCUGUUGUGGAUUCAAAUGAUCCAGUCACCGGUCAUAUCAUAUCUACCACCAUUGGAGGAAAAAAUGGCGAGCCUAAACAGACCAUCAGCUACAUGGCAGAGCGUGUUGUGGGAACUGGGUCAUUUGGAAUUGUUUUCCAGGCAAAAUGCUUGGAAACUGGGGAGACUGUUGCGAUAAAGAAGGUUUUGCAGGACAGAAGAUACAAGAAUCGUGAAUUACAAUUAAUGCGUGUAAUGGAUCAUCCAAAUGUGAUUUCUUUGAAGCAUUGCUUCUUUUCAACUACCAGUAGAAAUGAACUUUUCCUCAACUUGGUUAUGGAAUAUGUACCUGAGAGCAUGUACAAGGUUUUAAAGCAUUACAGCAGUUCCAAUCAGAGAAUGCCCCUCAUCUAUGUAAAACUUUACAUGUAUCAGAUUUUCAGAGGACUGGCAUAUAUUCACACUGUUCCUGGAGUUUGCCACAGGGAUUUGAAGCCUCAAAACCUUUUGGUUGAUCCUCUAACACACCAGGUUAAAAUUUGCGAUUUUGGAAGUGCAAAACAGCUGGUCAACGGCGAAGCUAACAUUUCAUACAUAUGUUCACGUUUCUAUCGAGCUCCAGAACUCAUAUUUGGUGCUACAGAAUAUACAACCUCAAUUGACAUCUGGUCAGCUGGUUGUGUGCUUGCAGAACUUCUUUUGGGGCAGCCACUGUUUCCUGGAGAAAAUGCUGUGGGCCAGCUUGUAGAGAUUAUCAAGGUUCUUGGUACACCCACUCGUGAAGAAAUUCGCUGUAUGAAUCCCAAUUAUACUGAUUUUAGGUUUCCACAGAUUAAAGCUCAUCCUUGGCACAAGGUUUUCCAUAAACGGAUGCCUCCAGAGGCAAUUGAUCUGGCAUCUCGACUGCUUCAAUAUUCACCGAGUCUUAGAUGCACUGCGCUAGAAGCAUGUGCACAUCCUUUCUUUGAUGAGCUGCGCGAACCCAAUGCGCGCCUACCAAAUGGUCGCCCUCUACCUCCUUUAUUCAACUUUAAGCACGAAUUAUCUGGGGCAUCUACGGAGCUUGUUAAUAAGCUGAUACCAGACCAUGUGAAACGGCAAUUAGGUCUAAAUUUCUUACAUCUUGCUGGGACUUAGAUUCAGUAAAGUGGAAGUGACGUCUACUUGUUGAUGUGUGACACGAAGGGAAUUCUAUCCUUGUGUUUAGCUACCAUGCAUUGAGGCUUGACCAGCAUCAUUUCUUGCUCUACCACUACCAGGCAGUCUCGGGCAGCAGCUGGAUGGCCGCCCUUCUUGGUGCUUUCUUUUCUACUUUCACCCCAACCACCCUUGCCUCUCCCCCUUUUCUCUUCUUCCAUCCCUUUUAUUCUGUCAAAGUGCCCAUUUGUUUAUGUACAUGUUUGAUAGUAAAAGAUAGGCUAAGGUGAUAAGGUGGACUGAUCAGAAAGCAGCUGCUAGUAGAGGGGAAAAAAAAAAACUGAGGAGAAUUGUAUUUGUAGCUAGGAGGAAAAAAAAAAAAAAAAAGCCCCUAA